CGCCUGUCGAAGAACCUGUCGCAGAUCUUGCGGCACGGCGUCGUCGACGAGGGGCUCGCGGACUGCCUCGACGCGGAGGGUUUCGUGCCCCUCGCGCGGGUCCUGGCGCUGCCAAGGUUCCGCGGGGUCGGCGCGGACGAGAUACGCGCGCUCGUGGCGGCGGAUCGCAAGGGGCGCUUCGAGCUUCGCGAUCGCACCGACGGGAUCGUGCACGUGCGAGCCACGCAGGGCCACACCCUUCGAGGCGACGUCCUCGACGACGACGCCAUGGCGACGCGCCUCACGCGCACGAGCGGGAUCCGCGAGGCGGUGCACGGCACGUCGAUGCGCGCGUGGAAACGCAUUCGAACGCACGGGCUGAGCAGGAUGCGGAGGAGGCACGUGCACAUGGCGACGGGACUCCCGGGGGACGGGGAGGUGAAGUCGGGGGUGAGAAACGAUUGCGAGGUGGCGGUGUGGGUGGACGUGGAGCGGGGCGUGGCGGAGGGUGUGCCGUUCUUCGUGAGCGCCAACGGGGUGGUGCUGAGCCCGGGG